UCUUUUCUAUAGUUAUACAAGAAUGCAGAAUAGUUUAAGGAGCCUUCCUGAAUCAUGCAUUAUCAUGUAGAUUUGAACAAGUUAAGCAUCAUUAUUUUAUUCCCCUAGAGGAGAGACAGUGUCCUGGCACUACUCGUGCAAUUAUUUUUUAAUGAUGAGGUGAGUUGAUCCAUAUUUAUAGUUUCUUAAUUCAUUGGAAUGUAAGAAGGGUGGUGGGAGACACUGCACAGACAUCGGUGGACAAAGCAUCAGAUCCAAUUCAAAAUCAUGUUAGGACAUACUGAGUCUGAGAAUUUUGAUUCCCUUUGCCUCCCCUUCUCUCCUUCCUAUAUAUACAUGGUCUUGCCACGGCCAAGAGAGUGCAAUCCAGAUUCAAUUACCUUCGAAAUUUUUUGUUAACUAGGUGACCUAUCGGAAAAUGGCUUCACCUGCAAACCCAAAAUCCCACUUUCAUGCUCGCUCCGUGAGCUUGCCUUCCGAGCCUAAACCCCUCAUUCCUCAAGCAGAGAAUCACUUGAGGAGGAUCAGAAGUUCAGAAGCAGCCACCACCAGUUCCUUUUCAUCAGUGAGCAUCACGAUAAGCAGUCUCGUAGACUUUUACGACUCCGUUGAUGACUUGCUUCUCUUGCCACAUGCCCAACGGGCCUUCGUUCAAGAGGGCCGCGAUGAGGUGUUUGAGAGAUCACUCAGUCUCCUCGACAUUUGUAGCACUGGCAAAGAUGUAGUAGCGCAGACAAAGGAAACUGUGCAGGUUCUCCAAUCGACAUUGCGCAGGAGACGGGGCGAUGAACUGGCACUGAGAAAUGAGGUCGGGACAUACUUGGCCUCUAGGAAGAAAGCAAAGAAGACAAUUCAAAACUGCUUGAAAAAUUUGAAGAUCAAAUCAACCAUCUCUUCUUCCGAUCAAAGUGGGGUGACAAUUGUUUCCAUAUUAAGAGAAGCGGAGGGAGUUGCUCUCAAGACUAUCGAAUCGUUGUUGACAUUGGUACGUGGAAAGUCGGCGAGCUGCUCUUUCUUCUCCAAGUGGAUGCAUUCCAACCGAGUGGCGGCCGAUGAGAGAGCAUCCAACAGCGAAUUAGAGAUUGUGGAUGCUGCAGUCGAUGCCCUCCUAAGCCAUAAGAUUGGAAAAGCAAGCAACAUUCAAAUGGAACAUGUACAGAAAGUGAUGGCAGAACUUGAGUCCCACAUUCAGGACAUCGAAGAAGAGAUGGAGCACCUGAUCAGGCGCUUGAUCAAAACCCGAGUAUCCCUCCUCAAUAUUCUCAACCACUAGUCCGAAAAAGUCAUGAAUCCUGAGAUGUAGAGCAUUAUGUAGUAGAGACUUUUGUUGUACAGCUUGUAUACAGCUCAAAGAGAUACAAAUUUAUACAGAUCUGAUCUUUC